CGCCCGGAUGGCGGCGGGGCUCGGAGCCGGGGCGGGCGGGCGCCGAGAGCGACCUCGCCAGACCCGCGGGGGAACUAGCAGGCUUUGCCGGCGCGGGAGGGAGGGCCGAGGCGCGGCCGCGGAGAGGGUACCCGGAGGGGCCCCCGGCGGCCAGGAAGGCUUGCGGGGCGCCCACAGCCCUGCUCCGGAGCUCUCCCCCAAGUCCUCCCAGCUCAGACUGGGGCUUCCAGGCCAGCUCUCUCCCGCCUCCCGGAGCCAGCGGUCCGCGCCCACCCUCAUCCCCCGGAGCGUGGCCACUGGUUUGGGGCGCACGCACGCCGAUCGCGGCGUCCAGCUUCGGCGCCUACCUCGCGAUCCUCUCAUUGCCGAACGGGCGGGCGUGUUGAGACUUUUGGAUCUUUCUGCCCGCAGCUCGCACUCACCUGCGGAGCCGCCGGGAGGGCUAGGGGUGGGGGCGCGCGGGGCUGGAGCCGGCGAGCGCGGGUUGAAAGCCAGCCAAGCUCUGCAGCGCCCGACCCGGGCGUGUACGCCGCCGCCAGUCCCCGCAGAGAAAUCGUCCUCCUACCCCCGCCUCCAUCGCUCUGCGUUUCUCUUCCAAUCAGCCGGUCGCUUGGUGGCUCCUCCAUUCUCCGGCCAAGCCCAGCUGCCUAGAGCGAGCUCCACUCCUCCAUCUGUUCGCCGGGGUCCUCGCUCCCCUGCCGGGGCCGGCGAGGCGGCGUGAGGCCGGAGGGGGAUUUGCAAGGAAACCUGCCUGCUUCCCGCUCCCAUUGCUCCAUCCCCGCUGCCUCCUGCCUCCUGCUUCUCUCCUGCGUCUUUCCAACUCUCCCCUGUCGCCACUGGUGUGUGUCUGAGUGUGUGCGCGUUUUUUUUUUUUUUUUAUUGCUCUUUGCUUUUGCAACCCUGAAGCAAAAGGGAGGGGGGGUAGUUACAGGGGAAAAAAAAAAAAGCGAGAAAGAAGCUCUUAGAUUUGCAACACAUCGGAAAACCGAGGGAGCACCCCGCCUUAUCCGAUCUCCAUGCUCCGCGAGGGCCUUCCGGGUUUUAAAAGGACGAGCUUAUCAAUGUCCCCCUCUUCGCUGGGUUUAGGAUCCGAGGAGUCCGAGCAAAAAGUUCUCCCCCUGGGUCAUAGUGAGGGGUGUCAAGGUGGGAGUUGCGGGGAUUUUUCAAGAAGAAGCGGCUAUCCUUCCUACCCCGGCGUCGGUCACUGGGCGGGGGUAGGGGAAAGAGCAAAAUCCCAGUGGGUUUGCGCGAGGGAUCUUCUGGGGUCGAGGCGGGGGGGGGAGUCGGAACCGGGAGACACCACUUGGCGCAUCUCCCCCUCGGUCUAUACCUCCUGUCUUUUGCCAGCUCCCCCUUUAAUUUUUUUUCUCUCCUUUAAUCUAAUUUCUUCCAACUCCACCUUUGUUGUUACCGGCGUCACGCCCGGACCAGCCAAUCCCCGCCACGCAAUCAGCUUGUCAAAAAGCCUCGGCCGGCCCUGGGAAAGCAGGCCGCAGGCGCUGCCCCCCGGCGGCGGCGGGCAGCCGCGAGGGGAGCCCAGCACCCGGUUCUCGCUGCUCCGGGCGGCAGCGGAGCAGCCUCCGACGAGACGUCUCCCGGUUCACUAAACAGCAGGCCGGGGAUGAAAGGCCUGGACGGGGUCCACCACCCACCCUCCCACUACCAUGGCUGUGGUUGUCUGUCUUUGCCUCCCCUUUUCAGAGGAAAGGUUAUCAGGACAGGAUGCAGGGAGCCAGAAGACCAUCUGAAGGAAGCCUGCUUCCAGCAGGCCCAGCCUCCAGCCACCGCUUCUGGGGCAGCGCCAUUGCUCCUGGCUCUCAGGCUGCCAGUCUCCCACACCGAGGCUCUACUGCCCGCAUCUCGGCCAGCUGGAUCACCCAGCCCCUUUCGACUCUCCCCUGGCAUGCAGCCUUCUCCUCCACUCGGCCUGCCUCUUUGCUGCUGUAAUUCCUCUUGUCUCCUGGGAGAAAUGAGAUUGUUUUCCCAGGACUUCCAGAUCCCACUUCUGUCACGUUUCACAAACAGGGAGGAAGCCCUGUCAAGAUCUGGGAUCAGAAGGUCAAAUGAGAUGAUGUAUGUAAAAUUCCUCCACAGAUGGUACUUGCCACAUUACAGUGAGAGAACCUGAGAUCCCCCCCCUCCACCAACAACGUUCCAAAUCUUCCACAAGCAGAUCUGGAGUCCAGGUGUCCUGGCUCCUGGCCCCGAACUUUUUGGCUGGACCAAGGGGCUUUUUGGUAAAAUGCUUUGGAAUAAAACAGGAUGAACAUGAA